GUAACGAUUUUGUAAAUUCGAGACACUCUCUAGCAGUGGAAAUCCACGACUGAAUGCCGGAACGGAGUGGAGACGCUGUAUAUAUGGUGUGAAAGGCAACCGAGAACGCACCAAUUACGUGCGAGCUACCGCCUCAUUGGUCGGUCCAAACUUCAACGGACAGCUAUAUAAGCGGAGCUCUCGCUCUGAAAUCACACACUACUUUUAACUCUCUUGUAGUUCAAUUCACGUGUUUUCAAAGUUAUCUAGAAAAUGUCUGGUCGUGGCAAAGGUGGAAAAGCUAAGGGAAAGGCGAAGUCUCGUUCCAGUCGGGCUGGACUCCAAUUUCCUGUUGGUCGCAUUCAUAGACUUUUAAGGAAAGGAAAUUAUGCUGAACGUGUUGGUGCAGGAGCACCAGUAUAUUUGGCUGCAGUUAUGGAAUAUCUAGCAGCUGAAGUAUUGGAAUUAGCUGGUAACGCUGCUCGUGACAACAAGAAGACCAGAAUUAUCCCUCGUCAUCUUCAACUUGCCAUACGUAAUGACGAAGAACUGAAUAAAUUACUGUCUGGCGUUACUAUCGCUCAGGGUGGUGUAUUACCGAACAUUCAAGCAGUCCUAUUGCCAAAAAAAACAGACAAGAAGGCGUAACUCUACAAAGGAUUCCAGCAUACAAAUGGCCCUUUUCAGGGCCACAAAAUAUUUUAACACGCAGGAAUCUCUAACUAUUCAUCCAUUUUCUCU